AUGAGAGAACAAGUCAAAGCAAGCUAUGAUGACAGCCACAGGGGCUGCACCCUGGGCCUGCGCCUGGGCCGCGGGCGAGGGGCGACGGACCGCGGGGCGCUCAUCUGGCUCUGCUACGACGCGCUGGUGCACUUCGCGCUGGAGAGAGUGGGCAAGACCACGAACAAGGAGAGCCCUUUUGUCUACUUGUCUUUAGUAGGAAACGUUGCAAAUUCCGAUGGCUUGAUUGCUUCUUUAUGGAAAGAAUAUGGCAAAGCUGAUGCAAGAUGGGUUUAUUUUGAUCCAACCAUUGUGUCUGUGGAAAUUCUGACCGUCGCCCUGGAUGGGUCUCUGGCAUUGUUCCUCAUUUAUGCCAUAGUCAAAGAAAAAUAUUACCGGCAUUUCCUGCAGAUCACCCUGUGCGUGUGCGAGAUGUAUGGCUGCUGGAUGACCUUCCUCCCAGAGUGGCUCACCAGAAGCCCCAACCUCAACACCAGCAACUGGCUGUACUGUUGGCUUUACCUGUUUUUUUUUUUUAACGGUGUGUGGGUUCUGAUCCCAGGACUGCUACUAUGGCAGUCAUGGAUAGGACUCAAGAAAAUGCAUCAGAAAGAAACCAGUUCAGUGAAAAAGUUUCAGUGGACUUUCAAAACCAUAAACACCAUUAUCUAACUUCAUGAGCCAGAAUGAAUCAAAUCUUUUUGUUUGGCCAAAAUGUAA